AAGAUUCUGCUUUGGAGAUUCACCUGAAGAUUCUGCUUUGGAGAUUCACCUGAAGAUUCUGCUUUGAAGAUUCACCUGAAGAUUCUGCUUUGAAGAUUCACCUGAAGGUUCUGCUUUGAAGAAUUAAAGUUGUUUUAAUUUAGAUUUUUCAUCCUAACUUUCCUUUAUCAACUACUUUCUACUUUUUCAAUGGCUUCUGCAAGGUAAGUUUCAAUUCUUUAUUUUCUUUUGGUGGUUUACUUGUAGUAUUUCUUAAUCCAUUUCAUUUGUUUAUUUGCAAACUCUCUUGAUGUAGCCAACCAACUCCUGAUGUUGCUAAACUAUUUUAACAGAAAAUGUGUUCUCUUUAGUUUUCACAUGGCAGCUCCCAUGUGACUAACAUUUUAGUCAGAAAGUGAGAAAACUGAAUUUCCACCCUGAGUGAAGGUUGAAACCUGAAAGGGAUUUAGUUUUUGUAUUUGGCUUCAUCCUGUUUUCACACUUUUUGACCAACUUGUGAUUAACCUGAACUAAAACCCCUGAGUUUACACACUGAGUUAAAGUGAUAGCUGAAAGGGGAAGGAAAAUAACACCACCCUGAGUGAAGAGUCCACCUGAAACUAGAGCCCAGCAGCUGCAUGACUGACGGUGCCGCCCACCGCCACUUUCUGCUGUGCCCGGUGUGCAACAGGACCCAGCAGGCCCUUGGAGUCCACCUCCGCCGGACCUGUAUGAAGGACGCCACCCGAGAGACCAUCACGGCAGCAGUAGAGAAGGCCAAGGAUGACGUGUUCCAGCUGCUGAAAACAGGCCGUGUAUUUACUUAUGACCUGCUGCGUGGGAUAAUUGAAUCCCGUGACCCCCUCGGGAGGCUGAUUGAGGAGCUGCAGCGACGCAAGAUGGUGGUCAGUGACAUGCCAGCUGCUGAAAGUCCUGCCACCCAGGACCCCACCGCCCAAGCUGGACCUUCCACUGCUGUGGAAACGGGCCAGAGCAGCACUCCCGAGGACACGAGUGAAGCUGCAAGCGAGAGCAGCGGAGAGACCUUUCAAUGUCGCACCCCGGCUUGGAAAGUCAACAAGAGGGCACUGAUGGCAGAGAUGGGCCUCUACCAGAAACACUCGGCUGACCAUCGUCUCCUCAGAGACUUUGGGGCCUACUUGUUAAAGGACCUCGCUAAUGAGAAUUAUAAACAGGAAGUGGAUAACGUUGCUAGGUUCCUGUUUUAUAUGGACCCAGCCCGCCCCUCUCUCCUGUUUGUGCGUGACAGAGAAAGGACGAAGGAAUACCUGAGGAAGCUUGCUGAGGCCCAGCUCGCCAAGCAGACUCAGGUGAACUACCUGAAGAGCUUGAAGAGAUUCCUCACGUACCACACGGUGUGCACAAACCUACUGUUUGACGACCGUGAGCUCCACACAGACGCCAAACAUUUCAUAGAGUACAUCGGUGCACUUGGGACACAGCUGAGCAAGGGCAUCAGCAAAGAGGUCGUCGCCAAGCGGGAUCGAUUGUUCCGGAGUGACAGGGGGAUGACUCCUCAGGACUGCUGGGCGGUGCUGAGGGCGGCCAAGCCAGAUUUCCUCGCUGUCAUCGCCAAGAUUUUUGAGGCUGCGCCCUGCUACGCCAUCCAGCUGGAGACCUCAGAGUGCCUCCUUGUCCUGUACUACUUGGAGGCCGUGGUGAUCCUGAAGCACCUGCAGAGGCCUGGUGUGGUGGAGCACAUGACUGUUGAAGAGUGGAAGAACAGGAUCCAGGUGGAGAGGGGCCACACUGCCAUUGCAGUUAAAGAGCACAAGACGGCAGCACAGCAGGUGGCCAGUUUUGUGCUCUCUCCAGAAGAGGAGACAUGGUUCAUGUACUACUUUGAUGUUGUCCGUGAUGCCAUGAAGUCAUCAAAGAGGUACAGGAUGGGACCAGACGCUGAAAAGGUGGAGGAAAACCCUCAGGAGAGGUUUUUCCUUUCCACAGCUGGGAUGCCAGUUUACAACGCCUCCAAUGACCUGGCUCGACUGCACAAGAAAUACAACGUCCCAGUGGUGACCAGUCAGCUGGCGAGGCGCGUUUUUGAGACUGCAGCCAAGAAGCUUACUGAUGUGGAUAAGUCUCUGGUAGCGGACUACCUGACCCACUCCACGGCCACAGCAGAGAAGCACUACCGGAUGAAGCAAGGUGCCAGCUUGAUGAAGGGUUCCCAGCUGAUCAGCGCGUUGGGUUCUGACUUGAGUGGAGAAUCUGGAGACGACGCAGCCGGCACAUCGGGAAAGUCCCAACACAUCCAGAUGGACUUCCAGGUGAUCUGGGAUAAGUUUGUGGAGGAAUUCCCCGUCACAGUUGAUGGGACAGUUCCGUCACUGAGUUCCCGCUGCGCUGCUUCAGUGGAUCACCAGCGUAAGAUCUAUGAGCGCUGGCUGAAGUCCCAGAUGAAGCUGAGAGUUCAGCAUGUCAUCUCCCACUUCGACCGUCGCCUCCCCUCCAGAUCCAGAGUGGCAGCCUGGAUUGACAGUCAGGGCUGGAGGAGCAACGUCCCCGUUGCAGACUAUGUGUUGGAAGCCUGGAAACCCAGCAGCAGCAUUGAAGACAUGCCGUCAUCCAAGUGCAUCCGGCGCCUGGUCAGCAACCAGAAGUGGAAGGGGCUUGCCCUUAAAGACAUCCAGGGCAAGGGCAAAGGUGUGGUUGCUGCCAGGAAGUUUGUCAGCGGUGAGGUGGUCUGUGACUACCACGGUCGGGUAGUCACAGGUGCAGAGGGGGAGGAGAUCCAUGCCACCAUUAAGGAAGAGCAAACAGGCUACAUGUUUUUCUACUCCAAGGAUGGUCAGAGGAUGUGCCUGGAUGCUCACGCUGCGACGUGUUCUUGUCACCCGGAUCGUCAGACCUUUGGGAGGAUGAUAAAUCACUCGAGAAAGAAGGCCAACGUCAGACCUCGGCUCUUCUCAUUGGACUUUGAUGGAAACACCAGGGACGUCAUGCUCUUCCUGGCAAUGAGGGACAUUAAGAAAGAUGAGGAAAUUCUUUUUGACUAUGGGGUGAAGAGACACUCAUUCUGUGGGGAAGGUCUGGACUUGGACUGGAUCUGACAGUCUUUUUAUAACACUUUGUAUGUUUUUUUUUGUUUGUUUUUUUUAAUUUGGAUACAAAUUUCUAUAUUUCUCAACAAUAUGUAACUACAGUGUGAGGUCAGUUUAUAACACUUUGUAUGUUUUUUUUUUUUAUUAUUUGGAUACAAAUUUCUAUAUUUCUCAACAAUAUGUAACUACAGUGUGAGGUCAGUUUAUAACACUUUGUUUUUUUUUUAUUUGGAUACA